AUAUGCGUACCCUCUCAGCUCUACCAAGUCUAAAUUAAGGUUGUGCUUUACUCGCAUACCCUUCCUAGCAUAUCAGUUCUAGCUUUAGCUUAGUUUCUUUUCUUGCCUUCUAAUUUCUUCAUCACUACCAACAAAAACUUCUUUUUUGGGCAAGACCAACAAACACUUUGACUUACAAAUAUGGGAGGAAAUUCGCCAUGUGCUUCCUGCAAGUUGCUACGUCGCCGCUGUGCCAAGGACUGCAUCUUUGCUCCAUACUUCCCUUCUGAUGAUCCCCACAAGUUCGCCAUAGUUCACAAGGUUUUUGGUGCUAGCAAUGUCGGCAAAAUGUUGCAGGAGCUUCCAGUUGAGCAAAGGGCAGAUGCAGUAAGCAGUUUGGUGUAUGAAGCAAAUGCAAGGAUAAGAGACCCAGUUUAUGGAUGUGUAGGGGCCAUAUCAUAUUUGCAGAACCAGGUUUCUCAGCUUCAAAUGCAGCUAGCAGUGGCUCAAGCAGAGAUUCUGUGCAUCCAGAUGCAGCAAGAGCCAAUGCUACCAACCCCUCAAAUAUUAGACCAAGUAGAUGACAAAUCAUUUCUCCACAAUCAGUACCUCAAUUUUGCUAAUUCUUCUACCAAUGUAAUUCAUGAUCACUCUCUCAAGAGAGAGAGCAUCUUUGGAGACAUGGUUUCUUCAUAAAAAAAGGCCUCUUUUCUUUUUUGGUUUUGUGACAGAGAAAGAGUUAUUAAUUUCUAAGUUAUUCCUCUAAUUAGCCUUUGUUUAUUUUAACUAAAAUGACACAAGAGAGACAGAACAUACUGUGUGUGCUAAGACAAUAUCUAGAGUAAGUUGACAAGGUCAACUCUAGCAUGUGAGAAGUGAAGUAAACUUGAGUUUUUCUUGAUUAUACGACUUUAAUAA